UUCACUAAAGACUUUUCAGCAGUUUUCUUAAAAUGGAAGACUUAAUCUCUCAGGAACCCAGAGAUCUGGGCAGAGCUUUGUGCAUCAUCACAGGGGCCUCGAAAGGUUACGGACGGACGCUGGCGUUACAGUUGAGCUGUCUGCUGAAGCCCCGGUCCAUAAUGCUGCUGGUGGCCAGAACCGCAGAACAGCUCAAUGAAGUGAAGGAGAGCGUUAAAGCCCUGGACGACAGACAGAACAGGCUGGUGGUGCGUUGUGUGCAAGCGGAUUUGGAGAAGAUGGAAGGUGUAGAGAAAACAGUUCAGGCAGCUAAAGAGACUUCUCCGUCUGCGAUGGAUCACUUACUGCUCAUCAAUAAUGCAGGCUCUCUGGGUGACGUGUCUCGAUUGACUCUGACCUUCACUGACCCCACAGAGGUCAACCGUUACCUGUCCCUGAACGUCAGUGCAGUGCUCAGUCUAACGGCCGGUGUCCUGCAAGCGUUUCCUCGUCGUCUGGGUCUGCAGCGUACAGUGGUGAACAUCAGCUCUCUGUGCGCGCUCAAGGCCUUCCCCUCGUGGGUUCUGUACUGCACCGGUAAAGCGGCCCGCGACAUGAUGUUUCGUGUGUUAGCCGAGGAGGAACCUGAGGUCAGAGUGCUCAGUUAUGCGCCUGGUCCUCUGGACACAGACAUGCAAGUUCAAGCUCGCUCUUUCUCUGGCGAUCUGAACCUCCGUCGCUCUUUCUCCGCCAUGUUCUCUGAGGGACAGCUGCUGUCCUGCGAGGAGUCCGGGGCCAAACUCAUGAAAGUCCUGCUGGAUAAUGAUUACCCAUCAGGGGCCCACGUAGACUUCUAUGAACUCUAGAACAAACUUACACGUGUCAAUGAUUUGCAGGGAUGUCAGGGUUACUUCUGAAAUUUAUUCCACCACAGAUUACAGGAUACAUGUUGUUAAAUGCACUUCGGAUCGCAUCAUUUGUAUGUAUAAUAUGUAUAUGUCCAUCUGAAUGCACUAAAUAUUAAAUUAACCAAAUGACAAUAAAAUGCAAAGUAAUCUCUUCAGUAAUCAGUGAAUGUAACUCUAUUCUAAAUAUCACUGAUUUAAAUUGUAACUGUAUUUGAAUACAGUUACUUAUAUUUUGUAUUUUAAAUAUGUAAUCCCAUUACAUGUAUUCUGUUACUCCCCAGCCCUGUGUAUAAGCAGCUAUUUCUAUUAUUUUUAUUUUAUGUUUUAAUAAAUCUGAUUUAGGAUUACAUUAAAAUAUGUACAUUUC